UCCAAAUUGACGGCUGACCAUCGCGAUAAUAGGGAAUUAAGCCCUUAUAUUCGAGUUACUAUUUGCAGCCUUAUAUCUGCAGAAUAUAGCAAGCGAUCUCUAGUAACCCUGUUUAGUGUAUCUCGACCGGCUAUCUACCAUACCAUUGAACUCUGGAAUUCUUAUAACACUUUUAAGUCUCUACCUCGAAGCGGCCGUCCUAAGGUUCUUUCGCCUUCGGAAAAGCGAUAUAUCCUUUUAAUAAUUAAAAAGGAACGAUAUAUAGCAAGGAAGGCCCUCGUUAAUACGAUUAGGAAGAAAGUAUUACCUUUAACUAUUUGA